UUGGUUGUCGUGCUUUGUUGGCGGUGGAAGAGGCCUUGCUUCUCCGGCAGCGGGGCGGCCGAUCUUCCGGAGGACAGGACCGUCGAUGUGCCGUUGGCGCAGACCGGCGAAGGUAUCGCUGAAUCUGAACUGCUUCAGUGGUUUGUUAACGAGGUCCAGCCGCUCUGUGAAGUUGACGAGUUCGAGCCGCUCUGUCAAGUUCAGUGCGACAAGGCCGUCAUUAAAAUCACAGGCCAUUACAGAGGAAGAGUCUCUCGGAUGCUCUACGUUCCUGGUGACAUUGUGAAGGUUGGGGAGACUCUUCUAAAGAUGGUGGUGGACGAAUCGCAGGUUCCUGUGCAGUCAGUUGACUCCGAGGUUCAAAUUCAGGUGAAUGGGAAUCUCGAGGGUGAGUUGUCAUCUGGUGCUGAUUUGAACACAACUGGUGAGGCAUCUUGCUAA